AUGGGUUCAUCAUGGUUUUGGGGGGCAGAUGGAGAUAUAUUGUAUGUCAGCGAGACGAUCAGUGUUUAUAUGGGGUUAUCACAGGUCGAGUUAACCGGGAUGCCAUUUAAAGAUUAUGUCCAUCCGGACGAUUAUGCACUUUAUCAAUGGGCCUUGGCAGCUUCAAAAUUGGAUUAUCAGCCGACUGGGUUGAGUCUACGAGUUGUUGUUCGAAUGGAACUGCGUGCUACCAAGAAUUGUGUAUUUGUACACCUAUUCCCUAUUCCACAACUUGUACUCUCCACAGUCACAUUCCCGUCUUAUUCAAUGUAUCUAUGCUUGCAAGUCGACUUCCGGAUACUACACAUUUCUACGGUCCUCGAACAACUUAUCGUACCAAGUAUGCUUGCGGAAAUCGGCGUGAAAGAUACUACCUUUACAACUAUGUACAUCCUGACGACCUGGAAAUUA